CUGCCUGGUGCCGCGCCAGCAGUAAUCGCUCGGCGGCUCCUGUUGCAGAGAGUCAAGUGUUUUAUUUGUAGUAGUAAACUCAGUCUCUGUUAGAACAUCGAAAUUGCUGCGGAGUUGAUGUUUAUGCAGAUUCUGGCUUUUAUGGAAACACCUGUUAGGAAAAGGGCCGAGACAAUUGAGCAGCUGUCAAAAUAUAAUAGGAGCCUCUCACGAGCAGCCUGCGCAAGUGAGGCGGUGUGUGCCCGCUCGCUUCAGGGUGCUCCUUCAGGCAAUUAUCCUGCAGAAUUCAUCCCGGCGAUGGCUGCCGUGGGGCACAGCAUAGCACUCUGUAGUAUGUGAGUCACUGUUCUGCUGUGAGAAUAGUCUGUGUGUGACAGCUCCGGAGUGUUUGUGCCCAACAUCAAAUUCUCGUAACAGUCUGUAUAAAUCAAUAACUAGGUAUUACAGUUUUGUUUAAGAAGCACGAGAUUUCUUUUCUUACUACCUUUGGCAGAUGUCUCAGAGGAUUUCACUGUGCUGAAUGCUGUUUUGUUCGCUGUGUGAAGAUACAAGCCAUCUAAAAGCCAUUUCAACUUCAGUGCUUUAUAACCCAGCCUCUGUAAAUUUUGGUACAUGGGAAGAGAGUCUGGAAACAGCAAUGAAUUGCUUCACUUGGCUAUGACUUUUAUUUGUUGUUCCUCUUGAAAGAAGGAUUUUAUGAACUUUUAUUUGAAGACAGACUAAAAUUGGUGCUUUCAGCUUGAAGGUGAUGCUCUGGCCCUUGGGGAAGGCAGUGGUAGUGCAGGAGGUUGGAGUUGGUGUAUCGAGAUUUCUUUCUGCUGCUCAGUUCUUCUGCUCCCAUGUGAGUGUUCUCCAUGGGCCCCUCAAGUGUCCCUGUCCCAGCGUGGGCACCUCCACAGAUCUGAAGGCAGUGGUUCUGCUGACACAAAGACUGCAACUCUGAGCCCUAUUCCACCAGCGGCUUCCUAUCCUACCCUGUGCCUUAAACAUGGAAACUGUAGAAGUGAAUAGUGUAUCCUUGAAACGUCCUCGCUCUGAGGAUGAUGUGGCCAAUGCAGAUGAAAUUAAAAGACAGAAGAUCUUGGAGAAGCCCAAGGCAGAGAACAACUCUGGGCAGAGUAUUGAGAAUGUAACAGAACAACCCAAGGACACGAAAAGUGAAAUAAUCCCCACUGAGGAAAGUGAGGAGCAGGAAGAGGAGGAAUUAGAGGAUAGUGAUGAAGAUGGAGAUCCAGAGAGCUUUGCAGACAUGAUGAAGCAUGGACUGACAGAAAGCGAUGUUGGCAUAACUAAAUUUGUUAGCUCUCACAAAGGGUUUUCUGGAAUCUUAAAAGAGAGAUACUCAGACUUUGUUGUCCAUGAAAUAGGCAAAGAUGGACGUGUGAGCCAUUUAGAUGACUUUUCUGUUCCAGUGGAUGAUGAGGACCCAUCAGAAGAAACAUUUACAGUUCUGUCAGAUGAAGACAAGCAGCGUUUAGAGGAGCUCCAGCUUUUUAAGAAUAAGGAAACUAGUGUUGCCAUAGAGGUAAUUGAGGACACCAAAGAAAAAAGAACCAUCAUCCAUCAGGCUGUGAAGUCCUUGUUUCCAGGACUAGAGACUAAAACAGAAGAUAGAGAUGGAAAGAAAUACAUUAUUGCUUAUCAUGCUGCUGGGAAAAAAGCAUUGGCAAAUCCAAGAAAGCACUCUUGGCCAAAAUCUAGGGGAAGCUACUGCCAUUUUGUACUGUACAAGGAGAACAAGGACACUAUGGAUGCCAUCAAUGUCCUGUCCAAAUUUUUAAGAGUGAAGCCAAACAUAUUUUCUUACAUGGGAACUAAAGAUAAAAGGGCUAUAACAGUUCAAGAGAUCGCUGUUCUCAGAAUCACUGCACAAAGACUUGCUCAUUUGAAUAAAUGUUUGAUGAACUUCAAAUUAGGAAAUUUCAGUUACAAGAACCAUCCCCUGAAAUUGGGAGAACUGCAAGGGAACCAUUUCACUGUUGUUCUCAGAAACAUAACAGGAACUGAUGAGCAGAUAGAGCAAGCAAUGCAUUCACUCAGGGAAAUUGGAUUUAUUAAUUACUAUGGAAUGCAAAGAUUUGGAACCACAGCUGUUCCUACUUAUCAAAUUGGCAGAGCUAUUCUACAGAACAACUGGAAUGAAGUAAUGGAUUUGAUAUUAAAGCCACGACCAGGAGCUGAAAAGGGAUAUUUAGUCAAAUGCAGAGAAGAAUGGGCAAAGACUAAAGAUCCAGCAGCAGCCCUCAAGAAACUGCCUGUAAAAAGGUGCGUGGAAGGACAGCUUCUACGUGGACUCUUAAAGUAUGGAAUGAAGAACAUAAUCUCUGCAUUUGGCAUAAUACCAAGAAAUAAUCGUUUAAUGUACAUUCAUAGCUACCAGAGUUAUGUGUGGAAUAAUAUGGUGAGCAAGAGAAUAGAAGAAUAUGGGCUUAAAGCUGUACCAGGAGAUCUCGUACUUAAAGGAGCCACAGCUGUUCACAUUGAAGAAGGAGAUGUUGAUAACUACACUAUCCAUGAUGUAGUGAUGCCAUUGCCUGGAUUUGAUGUUAUUUAUCCAAAGCACAAAAUUGGUGAGGCCUACAAGGAGAUGCUGGUAGCUGACAACCUUGAUAUCAACAACAUGAGGCAUAAAAUCAGAGAUUACUCACUUUCUGGAGCAUACAGAAAAAUUAUCAUUCGGCCUCAGAAUGUCAAUUGGGAAGUUGUUGCAUAUGAUGAUCCUAAAAUCCCAUUAUUUACUACGGAUCUGGAUAAACUGGAAGGAAAACCAUUACCAGUUCUCCCUACAGAUGGCAAAUUCAGGGCACUAAAGAUGGAGUUCUCCCUUCCCCCAUCCACUUAUGCCACCAUGGCGAUUCGAGAAGUUUUGAAAAUGGACACAAGCAUAAAGAACCAGACACAACUGAACACGACCUGGCUGCGCUGAAUGAACUGCAGAAUGACUUAAUUUUAACAAAGUGUUUUCUUAUUUACACGUUCUGUACAAAUCUUUAAAGAGUCACAGUAAGAGAUUUGUAUUUUUUUAAGUUUUUUUAGUGCUAGCAUUUAACUUCAGUAGUCCUUUGCAAGAUGGUGACUGUAACAUAAUACAGAUUUUAGUGACUGGUGCUUUUUACUGAAUAAGUAAGUUACCUGAGCUGUAACAUGGGUGCAUCUUUAGAAUUGUGCUUAUAAUGGCAUUAGACUUGGAAGAAUGUUUAGCUUGCUUUCUUUGGGCAAGCACUGAAUGUUUUCAAGAGGAAGACUUCUGCCACACUUGAAGUCUUUUCAAAUAUAAUGCAUUACAUGGGGAAAGAAGAAUUACAACAAAACUAAGAUACUGAUGAACAUAUGUAUUGCUGGAGUUUUGCUGGUAGCAUUUGCACUGAUCCGGUAGCAGAUUCUGUUAGCAGGGCUUUUGUGUGCUGUAAAACCGUACAGCUCUUUUAAAUAGUUCGACUUUUCAUUGAGAAAAUACUUGUAUUUUCCAGCUAAUACCUGUACCAAAGAACAGGUACUAAAAAUAAACUAACCUGAAACUCUGA